AACAAAGUUGUAGCACGAUGGGAGCGUGCGGUUCGAAGCCAAAGAAGAAGAAGAGCAUAAGUGACUCACUCUCGGAGGAACGUUUAAAACACGACGCGUUUGCAAGAAGAGAAAGCAACAGCACAGCAAAUGGAUUUCAGAAAACAUCGACUACGGUUGUCCGUACAUCAGUACAAAACAACCGUCUAGUGAGUACAAGAACUACCCAGUCCGUUUCAAUCAGUGGAUCGGACCCUCUAAUGCGGCCGUCAAUCUCGGGGAAGUUCGUUCAGCAAGAGGCAAUUAGCACUGGUUUCUCUCCCGGGCAUGUCUCCCUUCAAACGAAAAGCCGCCCGCCAUAUAAUCCAGUUUAUAAAUCCCUUGCGAUCAGCUCACCAACGCCAUCGGCUAUUCAUUACGGUACAAAAGGGGGCGCUGACAAAUACGAUCUAGGCAAGAAGGCAUACGCAGUGGUGCUACACCAACACAAGUUUAAGAAUGCCGGACAAAACAGAGAGGGUAGCGAGAAAGAUAUGGAUAAGAUUAACAGUUUCUUUGAAAAUUAUCGCAUUGACAAAAAAAUCCAUGUGAACAAAACUGCUGCGGAUGUGCGCUACGUAAUGGAUAACAUUGCACGUCAAAAUUUCAGUAAUUACAGCUGCUUGAUAAUCAUCAUAAUGAGCCAUGGACUUAUGAAUGAUCAAAUUGCGGCUUUUGAUGGAGAGACGUAUGGCUUCGAGGAGGAUAUUGUGGAAAAGUGCACUUCAAAUCGGACGCUCGAUGGUAAACCGAAACUUUUCAUCGUGCAGGCAUGUCGAGGAGAUUCAACAAUGACAACGGAUUCGAAGAAAACACAGAGCAAGAAGAGUGAUGUUUUAACCUUCCAAAGCACAUAUAAGGGAUUUGUUGCGCUUCGAGAUACACAAAAAGGUACAUUUUUUAUCCAAAACUUCUUCGAUCUGCUGGAUGAACAUCGAGGCAAAGACAUCAGUUUGAUCAAUAAGCACUUAAAUCGGGUUUUCUCUCAGAAAGGGAUUACCCAAAAUCCCACUAUGACCAGCACUCUUGCGAGGGAUUUGAUUUUUGGGGAUCUACGCAAACCUUGAAGUUAUUCCCCGUUCACACAGCAAACCUCUAGUCAGUUGUAAGGAAACCAAUGCUCACACAUCAUACCAGCCAUUCGAGACAUUCUGCAAUCGGAGCUUAAUGGAAAAAUGCGAUUCCUUUCUAGCUGAAUCUUGAGCUGAAGAUAAUUGUAUGUUGCUCGUAUUUUUAGUGUGUUUCAUGUGAGAAAAAUGAUAAUGAUAUAUAUAAAUUUAUCAUUCUUUUCUUCGAUAAACAAUAAUUCGUUUCAAGCUCAUGCUAAUAAACGGACAAUGUGAAGAA